UAUUAAUCACUUUUGUAGUUUUGUUCCAUCUCCCAUUUUCUUUGAAGCCUUUUCCCCUCUUAUCUCUGCUUUUCUUUCUCUCUUCUUUCUCCCUCGCUCGCUCGCUCGCUCCCCUGCACCUGCAACAACCUCUCUCUCUCUCUCUCUCCGCUCGCGUUUUUCUUCUUCCGUUCUGGUAUGGAUAGUGCUGCAGGUCAAAUUCUCUACCCUUUGCACCAUUGCAAAACUGUUCACCUGGUUAGGCAUGCCCAAGGGGUUCACAAUGUUGAAGGAGAGAAGAACCACGAUGCAUACUUAUCUAAUGAUCUUUUUGACGCACACCUAACCCCUCUCGGAUGGAAUCAGGUUGAUAAUCUGCGAAAGCAUGUGAAGGGACAUGGACUAUCCAGGAGUGUUGAACUUGUAGUGGUUUCCCCAUUGUUAAGGACCAUGCAAACAGCAGUUGGAGUCUUUGGUGGUGAAAUAUACAGUGAUGGAAUUAAUGAACCUCCUCUGAUGAUAGAAAGUGUGGGGAGUAGUGACCAUCCUGCAGUUUCUAGUUUGAACUGUCCACCAUUUAUAGCAAAAGAGCUUUGCCGAGAGCAAAUGGGACUUCAUCCUUGUGACAAGAGAAGAUCCAUCAGCGAGUACCGGAAUAUGUUUCCAGCAAUUGAUUUUUCACUGGUUGAAACUGAUGAGGACACUUUGUGGACACCUGAAAGAGAGAAGAAAGAAGACGUUGCUGCUAGGGGAUUGAAGUUUUUGGAAUGGUUGUCGACGCGUAAAGAGAAGGAGAUAGCGGUUGUUACCCACAGCAGUUUUCUGUUUAAUACCCUCAGUGCUUUUGGAAAUGACUGUCAUCCAAAUAUUAAGAGUGAAAUAUGCAAACACUUUGCUAAUUGUGAGCUUCGUUCAAUGGUGAUCAUUGAUAGAGGUGUGAUUGGAUCAAAUGAAUCAACUACAAACUAUCCAGGAAAGAUUCCUCGUGGCCCUGAUCUUCCCAGUGAAUCUGCUGACUAGAAUCAUUCAAAGUAAAAGGCAUGCCAAAGAGUAGUUCCACUUCAUAACUGGUCUUCUGUUAUAGUCAUGGAAUAUUCUUUUGUAGAAUAAGAAUGUAACUUGCCAAAGAGUAGUUCCACUUCAUAACUGGUCUUCUGUUAUAGUCAUGGAAUAUUCUUUUGUAGAAUAAGAAUGUAAUGAUUUCUUAAUUUGCUGGCAAAGGUUCAAAUCUUUUGUUUGGAACAAA